AUGAAUACGAGGUGUCAGGUGAGUAUUUCCCACGCGAUAAACCCGCAGCCGGAAGGAAAUCAACCGAAACCCAAAGGAUGUCUAGUGGGAAGUAGUAAUUUUCUGCGUGAUAUUCAGUGGCUGAAAAAUACCUUCCAAGUCGGUCAGCGAGUGGAGAAUGCUCUGAUAACAGCACCUGACGUUCUAACUAGCACUGUUUUUCAAAAAACUGAUGAAAUUUUAACGCAAAUUAAUACACUUUCCGUACCGAAGCGAACCUGCGGAAGUCAACCGUUUACGUUUCAGAACGUUUGUAUGAAGGUUCCAUUGAUUAAUGGCGAAAUUUUACAGUAUUUAGAUUUAGUGGACAAUCGAAACAGUAACUCUGUACUUGGAAGCAGUUUUGAUUUCAAAGGUAAACUGAAAUGUUUGCUCGUAGAAAAGGUUCCACGAGAAUGUUUGAGCACUAGUGUGCUAAGCCUUUGGCAAAACGACCUAAAUGCAACCGCAACCCUCACGAAGGAAGACAUUCUGGAAGUAAUCAAUGAUGAAACAUGGCUUACUACGUUCGGUUUGGAUCCCGCAACAAUGCUAGGAGGAAUCGAGCGGAACUCAAGUGGAAAGAUAACCAAAGCGACCGGCUUGCUGAUAAGCUGGUUCACUUCAGUGAACUAUAGUGCAGCCGACUUGAACCAAAAUGGGGACACUGCCAGCACGGAUGGUGGAAUCUCGGAGGAUACGUUACGCUGGGAGGGUGCCUUCCUGGAUCGGAUGCAAAAUUUGAGCGAUGCGUUUGAAAAUGCGACCUUCCGAAUUGACUACGCCUCGGCACGUAGUUUCAACGAUAUGACAUCGAAAGCUUCCUUACAAGGAUUUGAUAUGGUCCACGUGGGAUGCGUGCUGAUGUUUGUUUAUAUGCAACUGGUGCUGUCCAAGUUCAGUUGGAUCGAAAUACGUGUUUUACUCAGCACGGCAGGAUUGUUAGGAGUGGGGAUGGCCCUCGUGAUAGCAUUUGGAAUCUACUCCGCAUCGGGUCGGACUUUUAUAUCCUCACAUUCAGCGGUACCAUACGUGGUGAUAGGGCUUGGUAUUGACGAUAUGUUUGUCAUGAUAACGGGUCUACGGAAGGUUCAGAAAGGAUUCCCCACGGCCACUCCACCACAGCAGAUUGCUCUUAUGCUACAAAAUACAGGUGUUGCUAUUUCGGUCACCUCUCUCACCAAUAUUGCUGCUUUUGGAACUGGAAUUAUCUCGCCCUUUCCUGCCAUGCGAAUGUUCUGUCUGCUUGGUGCUAUCAGCGUUCUGAUGACGUACGGUCUUGUUAUCAGCUAUUUUGUGGCCACUCUAACACUGGACGAACGGCGGCUUUCCGCUCGACGGAAUGGUAUAUUUCCUUGGAUCGUACACGGUGACCCGGGGUCAAAGCUAUGCUGUAAUCCCCGUUUGAUGGACCGUUUUCUGGAAAUUGUUUACCGGAAAUUUGUGAUGACAAGUCCGGGCAAGAGCGUGGUCAUCGGUGCGACACUGCUGCUCACGCUGUGGAAUGCAACCAAUUGUCCGAGACUUCGCGCCAAGUACGACCCCAGUUGGCAUCUGUCGAAAGAUAACUAUUUCCUGGAGUAUCGCAGCCAGUUCGAGCGAGCAUUCCCGGAUAGCGGCACGGAAACGUUUAUUUUCUUUGGAGAACUCAACUAUUCAGUGGAUGUCCGAAGUUUGAUUUUACUUUCGCGGCAGCUCAGCAUGCGUCGAGAUAUCAUACAACAAGUCACAUUUUGGCCUACUGCUUUUCAUCAAUUUGUUCAGAAAUUCCAUGACAUAGAUUUGACAACAACACAACUCGAGGAAAACGAAUUUAAUCAGCUUCUGUCAACGUUUUUAUACAGCGUAGAUGGAUUUCGAUUUCAAAACAGUUUUAAAUUUACUGAUUCUUUGCGAUGUGGAGAAAUUGUGCCAACAAUUAAGGCAACCUACUUAAAAUUUGAGUUCAAACCAUUCAAAGAGCCCGAGGAAUACAUUCCGGCUAAGGUAACCAUUGAACGCAUAGUUCAGCGGCUUCCUCUGACAAAUGUCGACGCGUUCCGGUCUGUUUGGUCUAAAGAUUUUAUCUUCUGGGAAGCCGAAGCCAUUGUAGCUUCAGAAACGUACAAAAACAUUGCUCUUACGUUGCUUGUCGUGAUGUUAUGCACUGCCGUUGUACUGUUGAACCUACGAGCAUGUUUUUGGAUCCUUGUUUGUGUUUUGAUCACCCUCAUCAACGUGGGAGGUUUCCUACAUCUCUGGGGAGUAACCUUGAAUCUUACAACCACGCUAGCAGUACAACUUGCUAUCGGUUUCAGUGUCGAUUACGCUUCCCAUGUGGUUCAAACAUUCAUUGUUGCACCGGGCCUAGAUCGACAACAACGUGCACUGGAUACAGUUCUUCACAUCGGACCACCAAUUUUCUACGGGGGCUUUACAACAUUCCUCUCCGUUUCGAUGCUAAGCUUCACCGGUCUGUAUUCGUACAUUCUGUUCGCACGGGUUUUCUUUCUCUUCGUGGUGUUCGGUCUAUUCACCGGUCUGAUUCUGCUUCCUGUUGUUCUGAGCUUGGUUGGUCCCGUCGCAAAGAGUUCAACGGUGGCAUUCGCCGCCACAGCCACAGCCACUACCUCAGGAAGCGAUAAGCCCGGUCCAGCAGUGAUGCAAGUAACCGAAAGCUACGUGACACGGCAAGGCUAUUCCAGCGGAGCUUAUCAACCCGAAUGAGCUGAGACGCGGAUUCGUACUUGCCGGUCACUGAGCCGUGAAGAAAAUGCUAACUGGCUAAUGCUGGCCAUGGGCGCGGAACUGUUUUCGGUUUGAAUUAUUCUUUAAAUGUGGCCUCCAUUCUUAAAAUUAGAGUCCGUCGUUAUCAGUCACUUGAGUGACUUGAGUUGU